AUGUCGCAAAACCUUUCUUACUACACCGAACAGUCUUGGACCGCCAACGACCUGACCGCCAACGAGCUUCCCAAAGGCCAAAGCAACUCAGUCGGUAGGGUGGAGACUGUAGAAUUUGACGACGACAAUUCAGCGGGGCCAUUGACUGGGCAGCCCAGACAUCUGACGAACGGUUUCGUCCUUACCAAUUUGCAAUAUGAUCCCGAAACGAACAAGCUCACUCGAAGGAGCUUGACGGCCACUCGAAAACCCAGUGAGGACGUCCCUUCAGAUGUUUACAAAGACGCUCUUGAGGCUGCAAACGAAGUGGAUCAGAUUCCCAACAAGAAGAAGAUUGAAGAUAUCAUGUCCCAGUUUACCGAACAGAUCUGGACCGUCAUAGAUGGAGAAGAAAACUCCUUCGCUUGUGACCCCCAAAGCGAGCGCCGCGCCAGACCCGUAGCUCUGACCAGAAACAACCUCAGGUCACUCGGUAUCUCUGGCCUGGAGGCUAACACGAACACGGUCCUUCUCUCUGCCUUUGAAUUCGACCCUGCGGCAAAGACUCUCUCCCGAACGGUGCUCACUGCUGUGAGGGGGGAGAAGAGGAUACCGAUGACUGAGUAUCAGGUUUCGAUGGACGCUGUGAAUCAGGUCGAUGGGCUGAUAUCGCUUAAACUAGAGGAGCUGGAGGGCCAAGGUGAUGGGUGGCUCGCGUCGUGCUUCCAAGAGGAGAAUGCGGAGGCGCUGCAGGAAAAGGAGGGGGCGCUCUUCUCGGAGCUUGAUGUUGGAGGGGGAAGAGUCCAGCUGGUGCGUGUAGAGAGCACGGAUGCGGUUAAACAGCUGUGGGAGGAAGCACUCGAAUUUGAACAGAGGGCAUCGAUCUAUGAUGAGGAGUCUGAUUGA